AUGUCCAAAUCCUUCCCAUCGUGGUCACUCUUCUCUUCGAUCGAAGAGUACAAUUUGCCAAAUGAUCGAGAACAAGAUGAUGACAUCUUACUAGAUCAUGAGAAGAAGAACAACACCCUCCAAGAGGAUCAAGAUCACGUGAGGUUGCAAGAAGAAGAAUUAUCAAGUGAUCAAUUAUUCACCAAUUCAUCAUCAUCAUCAUUAUCGGAGCAAGAAGAAGAAGAACCAUCUCAGUAUCAACUACUACCCACUCGUAGUACUUUUGACAUUCCCAUCCAGUAUCAAUCGAGUAAGAAAAAGAAAGUUCUCAAGAAAAAAAAGAAAAUGACCACCACCACCACCACCACCACCACCACUACUACUACUACCAGCACUACUACUACUGCAAUGAUACCUUCUUCUUCUCCAAUUCCUCUGGGUCUCACGACGAGCCUCAAAGAUGAAACAAAUGAAAUCAUUCAAAAGUUCACCACUCCUCACCACCACCAACACCACCAAAUUGAAAAGACUCCUUUCACUGAACGAGAAUACUCAAUCAAAUUAUUAGAUGAAAUUAAUUUUCAUUUUCCAAUCUCUUAUUCUAAAAUAAUGACUCGAUCUUUUUUACCAAAAUCAGUGCAAGUCUAUCAAUACAAUUCUGAAUAUUCUUCCAAAGUGUUCGAUUUAGCAUUGAAUUUUGAAUGGAUCAAUUCUCAAAAAAAACAUUUAUUCAAUGAUACAUUUGAUCAUAUUCAGAAUGCCAUUGAUGAAUUAGUGAAAGUACCACGUUAUUUUAAAUCCAAUCGAAAGAAUGUUGAGAAAUAUAUUUCAUCCUUUCUCACUCAAUCCAAUGGAUUCAUCUUUGCAAGUGAUCAUUCCUUUGUUGUUUCAUCAACUCGUGAUGAAUGUUAUGGUCAAACAUUUGUAUUGAAUGUUCAUGCAUUUGACAAGUCCUUGACACAUUCCAAUCCUCAUCAUGACAUCUUUAAAGAUGACGACGUUUCAAGUGUUCAAUUAUUUUGUAUUGAUAUGAAUUCAGAAGAGAAAUUGAUGGCUUACAAAAAUAUUGAACGAGUGAGUUUUCUGACAAUGUCUCAGCAGUAUCGCUAUGAACAACAACAACAACCUACUCCUUCUCAUCCAAUGUAUGGAAAAAGACAUUUUGUGAAAAUGGUUCUUCCAUCUAUGAGUAUAAACUCUAAAAUGGUGAAACUUGCUCAUUCCUUAUUGAUCUUCACCAGUGAUUCUCAUUUGAGUCAAGAUGAUUUUUUAGAAUAUUCAUACACAAAAGCACCCUAUCCUCCUGCAUCCUAUCAUCCCAAUGCCAUGGUUAUUUAUUGUAUUACAAAUAUUAAUGAUCCAGAUCGACUCUCCUUUGAUAUUACACUUUAUAAUUAUCAAAAGGUAGCAAUCGCUGCUGGAAUUGAACACUUGAUCACCAAACGAAAAAAUUAUUCCUUAUGUGUGUGUGGUGGUGAUAUUUUAAUGUUUGGAGGAAUUGAAUUGUAUUCUAAUGAUGAUCAUAAUAAGGAUGGAGAGAGAAAUAAUGGUAAUACUACUAGUACACGUCCUAAUGGUAAUAAUGCUGCUCAUAGUCAUCAUCGUGUAAAUAGUCAUCUCUAUGUGAUUCAAAGUCAAUCGAAUGGUCAAAUUGAUCACAUUGAAAAGAGAACUAGUACUAGUUCAGAAGCAAAUACUCAAUGGCCAUGUGCUCGUCAUUCUCACUCCGUGUGCACCUCAUCCUCUUCCAUGUACAUUUAUGGAGGUAUUGAUGAAAAUGGAAAUAUUUUAAAUGACUUGUAUCGCUAUGAUUGUCAUUCCAAAGAGUGGAAUGAAAUCAUUAUUGAUUCAUUAAUUCCACCAUCACAAGCAGCAUCACUCAAUUCUUCUCUCUUAUUCCAUACUGGACGAUAUUUGAUUUUGAAAUGUAGUGUAGCAAGCAGUGGUAUGACAUUUCAUGAAUUCAUGAAUCAUACAUCAUCAUGUGGCUCAAAUAUGGUUCAAUCCUUUAAAUUGGAUUUGCUUACAAACACUUGGAGUAUGAUUCAUGAUACCAUUCCAACAGCAGUAGUUGAAUCAUUCCAAUCUCCUCCACAUGGAACUAGGAACUACCCUUCCACUUCACCCAUUCUCCUUCAAAAUUGUCAUUGCAUUCUAUCUAUACCAACCAGAGUGAACAGCAACAACAAGACAAGUAAUACUACUAUUACUACUCCUCCUCCUUUACAUCCUCAACAACACACUCCUCCUUUACAUCCUCAACAACAACAACAACACAUCUAUCAACCUACUUCUAGCAGUACUUCUACUCACUCUUCACAUCAUUAUCAAAAACAAUCACAUUUAUUGACCUAUUCUCCAGUUCACAUGUAUGAAAUGGGUACAGACAAACAAUUUGUUGGAAAUUAUUUAUUACAACGUAAAAAAGAAAAUUAUCUUGUGGAUGUUGCAUUUAAAUUACAAGAUGAAACAUUUAGUGAUUUAUCUCAUUAUAUUUUAGCACAUAAAUGUGUCAUUGCUGCUCGAUGUCCAUAUUUAUAUCAACAAAUAUUAGAUUCAAAAGAAAAACUACAGAGAAGUGAUUUCAUGGGUGGAAGUAUUACAUUUCCAACUCAUGAUUUGUGUGAUACCAUUCCUUUGGUGAGAGUUACACAAGGAUAUGAAAAGAUUUUUGAAUUGUAUUUGAAUUUUAUUUAUUGUGGAGAAGUGAAAUUGAAUGCAUGGAGUGGUAUUAAUAGUGGUAAUAAUGGUGGUAAUAAUGGUGGUGGUAAUAAUAGUGGUAAUAAUAGUGGUAUUAAUAGUGGUAUUAAUAGUAGUAGUAGUAGUGGUGGUGGUAAUAAUGAUACUUUACCAAAGAACAAUGUGGACUCUGAAAUUCAUCGAUUUCUUGAAUAUUCCAAACUUGUUUCUCCUCAUUCUCAUUAUCCCUUCUUAUUGAAAUUAUUCAAUCGAGAAUUUAAAAUGGAUAUGAGUCUAUGUGUUGAAGGAUAUCAUCAAUACAUGUCUGAUUUGAAGAGACUCUAUGAAAUCAAAUUAGAAAGUGACAUUCAAUUGAUAUUUGUAAAUAAUAAUAAUACUACUACAACUAGUAGUGGUAGUACUAGUAGUGGAAGUGGUGGUCAAAAUCAUUUAAGGAAUUUAUCAUCAAACAGUAUUGGUGCACAUCGAUUAUUCUUAUCACGAUCACCCUAUCUCUCAAGAGUAUUUGUGACAGGAGGAAUGUAUGAAGCGAAUUCUGAAGUGGUGGAAAUGGAUGAAGAAUAUUCAUUACCAAUUAUGGAAAAUAUCAUUCAAUACUUUUAUACCGAUCAAAUUCAUUUGAAUGGAAAUAAUUGUCUUGCCACAUUGUUACAUUGCAAUUUAUUUGAAAUGCCAGAACUCUCCAUGUGUGCUCGAUCGAUUGCCAUUGAUUUAAUUGAUGAAUCCAAUGUUUGGGAUGUUAUGAAUAUAGCCUUAAGUUAUCAUGAAGUAUCUUUAAGAUUGGCAUGUGAAUCAUUGAUUUCAACACUCAUGAAUCGAGUGUCCAAGAAGGAAGAGUUAUUGGCUUUACCUUAUGAAAUUAGACGUACAAUUUAUGAGAGAUGGCGUAGAAUUGGUCAAAAACAAGGUGUUGUUUCGAGAAAGAGGAGGUAA